AUGGUUGAUGCCUCUAAAGAAUUUGUUGCUGAGAUUGGUGCAUAUGUCCAUGGAUAUGGCCAUGAUACCAAGAAUAAUAUGGCUGCUCGAACGAUCGAAGGUGUUUACAUGGGACCCACCGACGAUAUUCAAGAAGGGCACCGUAUAUAUGAUCUGAACACAAAGUGCGAGGCACGACGUGCGAAGAUCAAGGUUCUUCCGAUGACUGACCAAGUCAUCAAGAUUAUUGAAGAAGACGCAAGAUUGGAAGGAGUGACGGAAUUACGCACCUAUUCCAAGCGUAAUGGCGAGCUAUCCUCGAUGGUGAUUUGCUCGAAGGAGUGGACCCAGAUGAACUGUGGGAUGAAAACUACGUACCAGUAA